AUGGAUGAUAUUUGUGAAGAAAGCUUACAACAUGUUCUUGCAAUGGAUCCCUUGGAGGAAGUUCUUUGUGGGGAUUUGUCUGCAGGUGAUGCAACUAUUUGGAACAACGAGGUGGAUGCCAUAGAAGAGCUUGAUCCUAAAGAGACUAUGAAGGAACUAUACCUUAUGAUCAUUAGUACUGCACUUGAUUACCCACAUACUUCCCAACUUCUAGAGGUGGUUCCUAAAAAGGAUAGGAUAACUAUGAUUAAAAAUGAUAAAAAUGAAUUGAUUCCUACUAGAACUGGUACAGGGUGGCGUAUGUGCAUUGAUUAUCGUAAAUUAAAUGUCGCAACUAAAACGGAGCACUUCCCCCUCUUUUUUAUUGAUCAAAUGCUUGAGAGGCUAAAGCAGGGUGUUGAUUACAUGGGACCGUUCCCUUCUUCAAGAGAGAAUCGCUAUAUACUUGUCGCCGUUGAUUAUGUAUCAAAGUGGGUUGAAGCCAUUGCCACUCCUACCAAUGAUGCCAAAGUUGUCCAUAGGCUUUUUAAGAAAACCAUCUUUUCAAGAUUUGGAGUGCUUAGAGCUAUAAUCAGUGAUGGAGGAUCUCACUUUCAUGAGAGGACAUUAGAUACCUUCCUAAAAAAGUAUGGUGUAUACCAUAGGAUAGAUUUAUCCUACCAUCCCCAAAUGAGUGACCAAGUUAAAGUUUCCAGUCGUGAGAUCAAGGCCAUUCUAGAGAAGCUGGUAGCAAAGUUAAGGAAAGAUUGGAGUGAUAAAUUGGAUGACACCCUUUGGGCGUACAGAACUGCAUUUAUGACUUCGAUUGGUACUACUUCCUAUAGAAUUGUGUAUGGUAAAGCAUGUCACCUCUCGGAGGAAUUGGAAUACAAGGCAUAUUGCGCUAUUAAGGAACUCAAUUUAGAUGAUAAGCUAGCGGGAGAGAAGAGGCCACUUAACUUAAUCAACUAG